AUGGCCCAGCAGAAUCCCUACCUCUUAGCUUGCGACAACCCUUCGGCACUUCUGGAGCUCCUGAGCGCUAAUCCGUCUAUCGCAUCCUGCCAGGACGAGUCCGGCUACUCUCUUCUACACGCUGCCGCAUCCUAUGGCCAUGCCGACCUCCUCCGUGUCCUAGUCAAAGACUACAACGUUGAUGUCAACCUUCUCGAUGAAGACGGCGACACCUGCCUCUUCGUGGCCGAGGACGCCAAGAUCGCCCGGUGCCUGGUGGAGGAGCUUGGAGUUGACUAUAAGAGGAUGAACUUUGAAGGGCUCAAGGCCCACGAGAAGCUGGAGUCCGAGGGCGAGUUCCCUCAAGUCAGCGCAUAUCUGCGAGAGGUGCUUGGAGAGCCUGCUCCCGCCCCAACGGAUUCGCCUGUCGGUCCCUUGAACCCCCCAGGACCUAUCCCCGCCAAUAUUAAGGUCAACAUCGGCACAAUGACAGAACAAGAGGCGAGCGCUGGCGAGACGGCGGUCGAUCCUGAGUUUAAGCGUCGCAUCGAUGAGUUGGCGGCUCGUGAUGAUUUCCACAGUGAAGCUACGCAGGCUCAGUUGCGGGAGCUAGUGAUGGAAGCCAUCUCGGGCUCCCAAAUUGAGACUGCGGACCGAGAGUCGCGCAGGAGAAUUGAAUAA